AAAAAUAUUCGCCAAAAUGUUUCGUUCAUCGGCUGGCGAAAAGACUCAGUCCCAAGCGACAACACCAGAUUUAGAUGACUCCAUUAGUUUUUCGGACGAUGCUAAUCCUGAUGUAGAUGUUGCUGAUGUCGAUGUUGAUUCGGUAGCUACUAAAAAGCCACAUUUUUUAGAUUAUGAUGCCAUACCACCACCCGAUUUUAUAGAACACUUUGACAGGGCCAUGAAUUUUGGCAAUGCCAGUCAGAAUUCCAAUAGCACAACCGCCGUCGCCGCCACCGCCCACAACACCACCACUACGUCCACCAAUCUUCCGCAAAAGACAAAUAAUUGCAGCGGCAGUGGGGAACAAUUAAAAAUGGAUAAAAAAUUUGAAAAGGAUGGCGAAAUAAGUGAUUACGAAUUGGCAGCUAGUGGUUACACGAAGAAGGAGUUUACCCAAGACGAUAACACCCUCAAUUUGAAUAUAUCCAUGCAAAGCGGUGGUAAACCACGUAAACAUUUCUUGGAUGAAAAUCCAAUACCACCCGAUUACAUGAUUAACGAACAUCAAUUGCGUGAACAUCGCAGUUUGGAUCGAAAUUUCGAAAGGCACAAUGAGCAACGUUCGGCAUUGGAUAUGCAUGGUAAUUUAUCGGGAUUUAGGUCAUCCCGAGAACGUUACAAAGAUAUACCACCCAUGUCCCGCCUGCCCAAAGGUUUGGCAUGGACACAAAGUUUUGAUAGUCGUUACGAGGGUGGAAAUGCCUCCUCCUCGAACAAGCUGGAUGAUUUUGAACCAAAAGUUGAGUGUGUCUAUUCUCUACUCUCGAUGUUGGGCUCCAAUGAUCCCCUAGAAAUGGCCAAGAAAUUUCACGAACUCUCCAAAAAUCCCGAAACUUGUAAUACUUUACGUCGAUCAGGUUGUAUACCAUUGCUGGUGCAAAUAAUACAUGCUGAUGGUGGUCCCGAUGAGCCUAGAAAAUGGGCUGGCAUGGCGCUGCACAAUGUUGUCCACUCACAUCCAGAUGAAAAGUGCGGACGUAGGGAAGCCAAAGUUCUCCGUUUAUUGGAUCAAAUUAUGGACUACUGUAAUUUUCUGCGCACCCUUCUGCAGAGUGGUGGUGAAGCCAUUGCCGAUGAUGCUGAUCGUCAUCCCUUGGCAGCCAUGUCCUCGCUGAUGAAGGUGAGCUUUGACGAAGAACAUCGCCAUGCCAUGUGCGAAUUGGGUGCUCUACAAGCCAUUCCCAGUUUAGUGCAUUUGGAUCAUGCUGUGCAUGGUCCAAAGCCGGAAAAUCAAUGCUGCAAUUCACUGAGACGUUUUGCCUUGAUGGCCUUAACCAAUCUCACAUUCGGCGAUGAAAACAACAAGGCCCUGCUCUGCAGUCAAAAGCUAUUUAUGGAAGCGCUGGUCGCUCAAUUGGAUUGUGCACCCGACGAUUUGCUACAGGUGACGGCUAGUGUUCUGCGUAACCUCUCGUGGAGGGCUGAUGCCCAGAUGAAGGCGGUCCUAAAUGAAAUUGGGACUGUGACGGCAUUGGCCAAGGCUGCCAUGAAAAAUAAAUGUGAAAAUACCCUGAAGGCCAUAUUAUCCGCCCUGUGGAAUCUAUCGGCCCAUUGCAGUACCAACAAGGCUGAAUUUUGUGCUGUAGAAGGUGCGCUGUCGUUUAUUGUGCGUAUGCUAACAUAUGAAGGACCCAGUAAGACCUUGAAAAUUAUUGAAAAUGCUGGUGGCAUUUUAAGAAAUGUUUCCUCUCACAUAGCUGUCCGUGAGGAUUAUCGACAGAUACUGAGGGAACAUAAUUGCCUGUCGAUUUUGCUUCAGCAACUCAAAUCGGAAAGUUUGACGGUGGUAAGCAAUUCGUGUGGUACUCUCUGGAAUUUAUCGGCUCGAUGUCCCGAGGAUCAACGAUUUCUUUGGGACAAUGGUGCAGUGCCCAUGCUGAGGUCGUUAAUUCACUCCAAACAUGCCAUGAUCUCUGAGGGUAGUGCCUGUGCUUUGAAAAACCUAUUAAAUUUUCGCCCAUCUGCUCAGAAUACCAAUCAUUUGGAUCCCAUUGCAAGGUCUUUAAAUUUGAAAAAAUUACCAACAUUGAAUGUUCGCAAGCAGAAGGCUUUGGAGCAGGAAUUGGGGGCAGCCUCCAAGAAACACAGUGAAACCUGUGAUAAUUUGGAUACCGUGAAUCCAAAAGAUCGACCGACAUAUGAUGCCACCGCACCGAGUGGUUCAAGUGGAUCAUCAUCGGUUUUGCAAAGACAUCGCUUUCCAUUACAUGCCGGGGCCUUGGGAUCCAUGGUAAUGGGCGGGGGUGGGGGCAUUGGGGCAUCGGUAUCUGGCCGUCUAACACGCUCAGCAAUGCUUACCAAAAGUGAAAGCCGCGAUUCAGUAUUCUCUGCUAAAUCGGAUGGCGUUGUCUACGAUCAACUAAUGAGAUCUCAUUCGGCAUCUGAUGCCAAUCGUAAAUUGCAUCAUUCAUCUGUGGUGAGGCCACCUCCAUCGGCCAGUGCAGUUUAUGCUCUACCCCGGGAUGUUGAACCGGCCGAGGAACAACCAAUUGAUUAUUCACAAAAAUAUACCGAACACAUUAGCAAACAUGGCACCUCCAGAGAAGACCCGGAAAAUGAUGCAGCUACAUAUCAGGAAACCGAUUUGGAUCAACCAACAGAUUUUAGUCUACGCUAUGCUGAAAAUCAAUUGGAAUCCGAUAUAGAUUUAUCACCACCUUCCGGACAAAAUGAUAAUGAAGGACAAGAGAAACUGAACCCAACAAAUUCGUCUAAUGGUCCAACUCGGCCCAAAACUCAGACAGAAGGCAGUGAAAUUUUACUAAUAUUGGAGGAUAGUGUCAAAUGUUAUCAAACCGAAGAUACACCCUAUGUUAUAUCAAAUGCAGCUUCCGUAACCGAUCUGAGAUCGGUACAAACCUCAGAUAAAAAUGGAGAAAAUGAUUUGCCAUCGGGCAUAGAGAGUUCAGAAACACCAGCUUCAAACGGAGGUAGUGGUGGUGGUGGUGUUGGGGGUCAUAUUCCCUCUCGUAAAUUUAGUAGAGGUCCUCAUCAACAACCAUCUGUUCACAAUUCAAAUCCAUAUGGUUCAGGAUCGUAUACACCUGAAAAGCCGGUAAAUUAUUGUGAAGAAGGUACUCCGGGGUAUUUCAGUCGUUAUGAAUCCUUGAGCAGCUUAGAUGAAUCACCACCUCAACCGGAACACAACGAAGCCAAAGACAGGCAUGAAGUAUCCAAUGCCAAGACCACAAACCGAGGUCAAGAAGAAGAAGACGACACAGAAUGUGUUUUAAAGCAACAGCUAGACAACGAGCCGGAAGUGAAAACAAAUUCUCCUCCUGAGCCACCAACAUCUUCCACUCUGGUUGGUCCAGCUCAACCACAAAUUAAUUCAGCCCUGGAAACACCGCUAAUGUUUUCACGACGUUCAUCAAUGGACUCCUUGGCGGAGGAAGAUGUUGGGCCGUUGGAUGACAAAAGUUCAGUGGUUAGUGAUUUUAGUCGUUUGGCUAGCGGUGUAAUAUCACCCUCCGAGAUACCGGAUUCACCCACACAAAGUAUGCCGCAAUCGCCACGUAGGAACUCCAAUACCAGUAACAGCCAGAUGCAAGCAUGUUUCUCUGGCGGUGCUUCUCCCAAUGUCCCAAGAACAUCACAACAAAUGCGUUCGGGAGACAAUGGCAAACGGUGUCUACGUAGUGUCUUCGAAGAUGAUAUCAGUACAUUUCAUGUUGAAAACACCCCUGCCCAAUUCUCAACUGCCACCAGUUUGAGUAACCUCUCAAUGAUGGACGACGAAGCGUCAUCCACAAAUCAAUCACCACCCCAAGCUCAACCAACAGCUGCCACAACAACCAACACCAUAUCGGAGGGUGAAGAGGAGGAAGACGGCAACACGAAUAACAACGAUGAUUUGUUGUUGGCUUCGUGUAUAAAUAUGGGUAUGAACCGAGCUGCGGCACCCUCAAUGUAUUCCCAGCACAAUGACGACAAUAGAUCUUCGAUCAAUAAUCCGGUAAGUUCGAUGAUGGCUCAAGAUGAACCCAAACAAUAUUAUACGGAGGAUACACCGGCCUUGCUGUCCAAAGUUGGUAGUAAUACAAAUCUAUCGGCCAUAUCGUUGGGUUCCAGCAACAAUGAUGCUAAAGAUGACACUGUCUAUGAGACAAUAAGUAACUCUGUUUCGCGGAAUCAUCAGCAAGCAAUAAAUAGGCGAUCCCUAAAUUUAUCCGAUGAUAUGUCAUCGAAUGCUUCGGAAAGUGGUGCUGCUGCUGGUAUUGAUAUUCUGCAGCAAUGUAUCCGAGAGGGUAUGCAAAAAUCCUCUUCAGCCAAAGAGAAACCUAAAAUAUCAGCUCAACCAGUCGGCAGUAAUCAUGGGCAUCCAUCAUUACCACAAAAUGCCACCACCAAUGUAAUGGAUCCCAUUGCCAUGCUGAGACGAGGAGGCAAUGUCCUACCACCGUAUCUAACGGGCAAUGAUGAAAUGAGUAAAUACCGCGUUGAAGAUAGUCCAUGUAAUUUCUCCGUAAUGUCUGGUCUCUCCAAUCUAACUGUUGGAUCUAGUCUUGUGGGACCUGCCUUACUUUUGCAAGGUGGAACAGCUGCUGGUGCAAGCCCUAUGGGAAAUAACAGCAAUGAAAAUAAUCCUAUGAGAGUCGCACCAAAUAGCAACAAUUUCCAAAUGCGUGCCGACAACAAACCCUUACUAAGUGCAGUUGCAGAGGAUGCUCGCAGGGAACCACAGUGGCAAGAUGAUUCUUUGAGUUCUCUCUCAAUUGAAUCUGAAGAUGAUACCAAUCUGUUAAGUCAGGCUAUUGCCGCUGGUUGCAAUAGACCAAAAUCGAAUUUGGGUUUUACCACAAAUUUGACUUCUACGGGUAAUCACAAGACCACCCCAUCAUUAUCAUCUUCACAACCCAUACCCAUCAAUGCAGCUACCUCAGCAUCCUCUCUGACAUCCCAAACAACUGCCCGCCAGUUUGAAAAGCCAAUUCAGCAGUCCAACAAUGGUGCAAAACAAAAUUACGGUCCCAUAAUGGCAGGAAAUGAAUCAUAUAGCUCCGUAGAUUCCAGUGACUCCAAUGACAACCAAUCGAAAUCGCUAUUUGAGUUGUGCAUUCUCACGGGAAUGCAUAAGAAUCGUGAUAGCAAUAUGGGUGGUGGUAGCAGUUCUUCGUCACGAAAACACACACGCAGUUCCCAUUCUCAUCGAACUCACAAGAAUGGUCAGAACGAUCAAAACACCACCCAAUCAAAUCCCAAUUUAAAGCAGUUUGAUUCUCUGCCAAUCCAGGGAAAACAAUUGACACCAAAUCGUCAUGUCCGCGAACGUGAUCGAAGGGAUGAAAAACUCUUGAUGGAAUGCAUCAAUACCGGAAUCAUGAAAAAGAUUGGUGAAUCCCACAACAAACAACAAAAUCCUCCCUCGUUAUUGACCCGUGAGGCUCUCGUUUUGCACAACAAUCAGCCAAAAAACGGGCAGGCUACGUCUGCAGCUGCUCAAAUGGAGGAACUAAUUCGCCCACAAAGUGCCAAAUCCAUGGACAACUCCAGUUUGUCCACAUCUACCAGCAUCAACACCACCACCACCAUCACAGCAGCUCCAGACGUAGAGAAGACCGACAACAUUUCGAACCAACUACCGCAGCAACAGAUCACCAACAACAGCAUCACCAUCAGUCCCGGCGUAGACACAAACGAUCAAAGAAAUCCCUUCAGCUCAGUGGUGGGGGCGGAACAACAGAAUCCAGUAGUUCCCAACGACGUAAAUCUUCCAAAUCACGAGAACGUUCCCGGGAUAAUGAACGGUAUUGGGUGUAAAUCUGAGGAAUUGGAGGACGCCCAUAACGUCCAAAGUGAUGAAUCUAAUCAAUCUUUCAUUAUGGAGACCACAGUCUCAUUGGAAUCAAGAGUGAAUGAUAAACCUCAGGAAAAUGAAAAACACAAAGAUCCCGAUUUAAUGUUAAAAUCGGUCGAAAGAUUAACCCUUGAGUUUGUCUCUUCGGCUGAACAGUUGAGAACCAACAGUAGUGGUCCUACCCAUCAUAGUCACAAUUUUGUACAAGCCACAGUGACAACGGAUAGUUCUGGCGGCAAUGAUUGCACAACAACGGCAUCAAUUUCCAAUGACACUUGGGAUGAAGACACUUGCCCUAAUGAUGUAAGUUUUCCCAGUGUUAGUAUGUCGGUACCCAAAAUUGUCUCCAUCACCUAUGACGAAGAUGAUGAAGAUCAAGCCACCACGGCUGAUUACAAGGAGCUAAAUGAUUUUGCAGAGAAUACACCGAAUAUUGAUGAAUUGCCGGCACCGGAUUUAUCUUUAGAUUUCGAUAAUAUUGGUGUACAACAGGCAAAUGGCAAUGGUGGUUAUAACUAUGAUUCUCAGCCGUCAUCCAUUGAUUGUUAUACCGACAAAACUUUGGUAAAUGAAAGGAGCGGGGAUGUAUCGGAUAAAACCCAAAUAGAUGGUAAACAGACAGAUAAACACGAAUCGGCAACAUCUGAAAAUUCUUCCUGUGGCCUGAAUUUCAAAUUGGGUGGUAUUGUGCAGACUGCGGCCGCUGCUCCUUCGUUGUGUUUCAAUGUCAGUGCAAUGACAAAUUCUACCUUCAUAGCCCAAGAGGCUAGAAAACUGGCCAAUAACCUACAGGCUGCAGACACUGAUUGUGAGGAAGAGUUAACCUUUAGCAUUAAUAGCCUGGAUUUGGACAAUAUUCGACCACCAUCCGGAAUGGAUUCAUUGAAUAUUUCUGGCUAUUAUCAAGAUACCCAUACACAACCGAAUUCACUGCAAAAUUCUCCGCAAAUGCAUUUCAAGUCUCCGAAAUUCCCGCGCAAAACAUUACCUGCUGGUUUGGUAGCACGCAGAGCAUUGGGUCAAAUGCCUCCACAUCUUAGCGGAAGUGCGGAGUCGGUUAAUUCUUCGUGCAACUUGUUACUGGAUAACAUAAAACCGCCCAGCUUAAUGGACGAACUGUUGGACUCGAUGAUAAGUGUCUCCAGCAUACAAUCUGAAAUUGCCGACGAUUGUGCCAGCAUGGCCACAACCGUGACGGUGUCAAAUUAUGAAACAGCUAAUGGGGGUGGUGUAACAUUGGGCGGUGAGGAUGGUGACACCAUAACAUUGCGGAGCUACAGUGAAGAUCAAUUGCCACGCGAUGAUGACCAACAUACCUAUAACGAUGGAAAUAUUACACCAUUACCAUCCGAUUAUGAUUUCAGUUCAGCGGAAAGUACACCAAAGAAAUCCUACACAUCGUCUCCUGGCUUGGGAAUAAGAAAUCUAACACCAAAACAGAAACGACAAGUUGUUAAAGAUCGUUAUCGUACCUAUACCAUUGAUGGGGAAAUGAGCGAAGAGUUGAGAAGAAAAAUUGAGGAGGCGCAAAAAGAUGAGACGCUACAAAUUGAGAUAACCAACUAUGAGACCAACAGCAACACCUUAGAGAAUGGAAAGUGCAACGGCGGUGAUGGUGAUGAUGAACAAAAACAAGAGAAUGAUUUACAAAAUACACCACGCAGCCGAAGAAGAUCUAGUCAGGAACGUUAUAGAACUCAAACUAUAAGCUAUUCUGAUUUGCAGGCCCAUUUAAAACAAGAAGCCAAUUCCACAGAUAUAACCUCAACCUCAAAUUAUAGAUUUACACACACAACCAGUGAUACUGUGUUGUCAACCGAUCAGACCGAAUUGAACACUAAAUUGGAUCAAGAUCUAACAAGUUUGGAAUAUGAUCAGAAUUCUGAAACAGAAUCAUGUCAUAACUAUGAUACAAAACCGCAUGUCUUGACAGAUUGUGAAGAAGAACAAGAGCCAGAUGAUCCAGAAACGGAAACAAUAGAAGUGAUUAGACCAAGGAUUGUUAUACCCGGUGAAAAAAAUGCGAGCCAUAAUGAUGCUAAUGCGGAAAAUGGCGAAGAGGAACAAUCCUCGCCGGUGAAGGCGAUUCGGGGAGGUAAGAAGCCACAAUAUGUCUCUCCCUAUAGUAUGAAGUUUCAAAAAACCAGUGAGCCAAGUAAACCGGUGAAAGCACAAGCGACAACACCUGCUACAGCAACAAAACCAAAUUUGCAGUUAAGAAAACCCAAUGGAACUUCUGUUGUGGCUGCUAAUACCAAAUUGGCCCAAAAGAAACCUCUAAAGGAUGCUGCAGUUAAAGAGAAAACCACAAACGAGGUGGCAAAGGAAGUACCACCGCCCGCCCCGCUGGAACGUCAAGGCACCUUUGUCAAAGAUGAACCAUCCGUGGAUGCCUCCACAGUGCCAGUAGUUGAAACUAGUCCCAAAAAAUCCAAACUUUCAAAGCUGCCAAUGAAACGCCAAUUGUCUACACCCAGCAGCAAUACAUCACCGCAAAAAACCGCCAGUACACGAAAGCUCCCAACAUCAGCCAAUUCCGCUUUAUCUGUAACAAAUAAUCGCAGAACUUUCGGUGGUUCCAUAACAAAACCUCAAAGGGCAAACAGUAAUGUCAAUAUAAGGGUAACAACCAAUGCUGCACGCAUUGCCGUAUUGUCGACAAGGGUUUCAACCACUACUCCACCAUCGCGUAGCAAUUCAACAUUGAAUUCGGCAAAUGCGGCUGUUACUGCAGCACAAAAUGCUGCGGCAAAAAUUAAUCAAGCCCAAUCGCGUAUUGCCGGGAUUUGGCGUAGGGUGGAUGAGGCAAAGAAUAAACAACAAACAACAACGACAAAAGCAACAAACAAAGGAUCUCAAUUAAGUGGAAAGACAGCAAACGCGACAAACACGACUACACCACAACCUGGUACGUUGGUACGUAGUACAACAUUUGAUAAUUCACCACCAUUGACGGUAAUAAAACCCAAAGCUGGCGUGGCAAGUUCGGCUGCUGCUGCUGGGAAAUCAAAUGGAUCGGCAUCAACAAAAAUUGCCAUGGCACAAAGACAAAUAUUGGGUAUAAGAAAAUAA